AUUUUUUCCUCAGCAUUCAAAAAAUUUGUAGUGAGAGUGUCGUUGAGUGGAGCCAAGGAGGAGUGGUAGGGGGAGAGGAGGUACUGCGCAUCUUGUUCGCACGCAUCCCUAUGGGCUCUUCUUCUUCGUCUUCCAUUUCUUCUUCUUUACCCCCCAGCACAUUUUAACUGCUGUAUCAACACCCUACGCCUUCCUUAAUUAAACCAAGCAAAUCCUCUAAAAGAAAGUCUGUUCCUGUUAAGUCAAAUAUAUUGUUUUCCCAACUGGGUUUUUGGGGAUUCUGUUUAUAUAUUUCAUUUUGGGGGAAAAAGGUAAUGGAUCCGUGUCCUUUUGUACGGUUAACUGUAGGGAAUUUGGCGUUGAAGAUUCCGGGGGCGUCCAAGCCGGCGAGGUCAGUGGUGCAUCCUUCGUCCUCUCCGUGUUUUUGCAAAAUUAAGUUCAAGAGUUUCUCGUUACAAACGGCGGUAGUGCCGUACAUUCCGCCAGAGAACAACCAGUUCCCUGACGGAAACCAACAAAUACUCGCCGCCAGUUUCCACCUUAGCAAGUCUGAUCUUGACAGGCUCACCGGGAAGUCGUUGCUUUUUGCUACCACCAAGAAGCAUGAACUCAAAAUCUCGAUCUACACAAGCCGACGGGGCACAACUUGUGGUGUGAACUCUGGUCGACUUCUGGGAAAAAUCUCCGUGCCAUUAGAUCUUGCUGAAACGGAGGCUCGGACCGUACUCUUCCACAACGGGUGGAUUAAUGUUGGAAAAGAGAGAGGUUCUUCAAGUGCUCAGUUUCAUUUGAACGUGAAGUCGGAGCCAGAUCCGAGGUUCGUGUUCCAGUUCGAUAGGAAACCCGAAUGCAGCCCGCAAGUUUUUCAAAUUCAAGGAAGUAUUCGUCAGCCAGUUUUUACCUGCAAAUUCAGUUUAAGUUCCACUGGCGAGCGCAAUCAAAGAUGCCGAUCAUUAUCAUCUGAUCAAAGUGGUUCAAGAGGUUGGUUAAGUUCAUUUGGGAGUGAGAGAGAGAGGCCUGGAAAGGUAAGAAAAGGAUGGUCCAUCACAGUCCACGACCUCUCGGGUUCACCAGUUGCAACUGCAUCCAUGGCUACCCCAUUCGUUGCCUCUCCUGGUUCAGACAGAGUGAGGCGGUCUAAUCCUGGUUCAUGGCUCAUUCUUCGUCACCUGGAUGGUACUGGGAAACCCUGGGGCAGGCUGGAAGCAUGGCGUGAACGUGGCUCAACAGAUAGACUCGGCUAUAGGUUUGAAUUGAUCCCCGACUCUGCCCCAGCCGGUGCUGGGAUUGUCUUGGCGGAGUCCACCCUCAGAUGCAGCAAAGGUGGAAAAUUUGUAAUCGACUUGAAUAACCGUAACGCCAAUAAUUUCAAUGGGAGGUCGACACCAAGCAGCGCCACAUAUCCGGUAUGCAGUCCUCAGGGCAGCGGAGAUUAUGGGUACGGACUCUGGCCCUACUGUAUGUACAGAGGAUUCGUGAUGUCUUCCAGUGUCGAAGGCGAAGGGGCUGGUGGAAAAUGCAGUAAUAAACCGACAGUGGAGAUUAGCGUGCAGCAUGUAAACUGCACGGAGGAUGCAGCUGCUUUCGUGGCAUUAUCUGCUGCCAUUGACCUCAGCAUGGAUGCUUGCAGGCUUUUCUCCCACAAGCUCCGGAAAGAAUUAUGCCCUCCUCAGGAUUUACUCACCUAAUGGAUUUUUACUUUGACAGAUUCGAUUUUUCUUGUGUUUUGAGGGGUAAAAAAUUUGUGGGUGACUAUGGAUUUUGGAUUUCUAUGGCCGGUACAUUUUUUGUGCUUUGCGGGUAGCUAGUUUUAGGCGUUUACUAACUCAGAAUUGGGGGACUGUGUCUGUGUACAUAGAGAGAGAGAGAGAGAGAGAGAGAGAGAGAGAGAGAGAGAGGUGAAAUUGGUGGUAACAGGGCAUGCUUUGUUUUUUAAUUAGGUGUGGUUUUUUUUUUACUUUUACCCUCUUUUUUUGGUUGAGACUCUAUCUUGACUAAUUUUGCAAGGGUGUAAUUAUGGAACUAUCAUUUCAUAAUAUAACCUGUUUAUGUUGUAUUCUAAUGUAAAAGCUAAAGAAAAUUUUG